AUGUUGGAGCAGCUGGCCUCGUCCCUCGGGAGCAGCAGUCUCGCGUCGAAGCUGAGCAUUCCCACGCCAGUAGGUUCUAUCCAGCUGCCUGCGCUUGAAGUCUCGCUGGAUCUGAGUCGCGAGGAAACUUCGCUCCAUUUUCGAUGUCAGCCAAUUUCAGCCUUCUCAUUGUGGCCCCCCUCCUCGUUUUCUUCGUCUUACAUCUCCUCAUCCUCUUCUUCCUGCACGGCACGGCACGUUCAUCUUCUCUUCCUUCUCUUCUCCUGCUCCUCUUGCUUCUCCUCUUUUCUCCUCCGUUGCUGA